GCGGUGUAACAUGACGUGCAGAUGAACACUAAUAGCCAUCGUUUACCUAGUCCUGAAAUUGUAUAAACAAAGUUAAAAUCUAUUGGCCUGAAGUGUUAACUAAACUAUUUAUCGGUUGGUAUACAAUUGUCCAAGAUUUAAAAUCAUGGAUUCGCAAGCAAUCAAAACUGAACCGGAAGAGUUCAGAAAGAACCCCUAUCCAGUUUGCCGCCUUUGUCUGAGCGAAGGAGAACUUGCCGAUGUAUUCGAUGAAGAAGGACUGGAUCAAUUGAUGUUGGAUUUACUUUCGGUAACGGUAUACCUCGACGAUCCCAUUAGCCAAUCUGUAUGCAUCGUCUGUCAUACACGAUUAAUUGAAUUCCAUCAGUUCCGGAUCCGUUGCCAGGAAGUGCAAACUGUGCUUCAAUCCUGGCUACAGUCUACGAUUCAGCAAGAGACGAUCAAUCUUGAACAAGCAAAAAGAAAUCAAUCAUCUGAAAUAAGCAAUGCUGAAACCAAUCCUCUACAAUGUGAAGUAUGUCAGAAGCUGUUCAAAACGAGAAAGGUAUUGGUCUGCCAUAAGAAAAUUCAUCAACCUAGGAAGCACAUAUGCAAAAUGUGUAGCAAACCUUUCGGAAGGCGUCAACAGUUGUUAAGACAUAUGAAGCUAGUUCAUUCGAAGGAACCGGAAACGACCGAUGAUACAAUAUUAGAGCCGCGUGGAGAAAUCGUUGCAGUGAUCGAAUCCUCAGAACAGAAGCAGGAUACGCAAAAUGAUGCACUUGCUCCGAAAACUUCAGUGAAGCUAGAUUCAGAUGCAACACAUCAAGAAGGAGUGAUUCAACAGUGUAAUGAAGACGCAGAAGCUCGAAAUUCGGAAUCACUACUGGAUACAAAUGGCGGAGUUACGAGCGAGAUUGAUUACGAAGCAACUUCUUCCAGUCAUGUGGCCGAUGGAAAAGAGAUAAACAUCGUGAGGAACGAACUGCAAUGUGAUAUAUGCUCAAAGACCUUCAAGCUAGGGAAAACCAUGAGGUGGCAUAGGAAGAAAACCCAUGGAAUGAAGGAGUUUAUUUGUCCGAUUUGUGAACGCCCGUUUGCACUACAGAAUUCACUGCAAAGGCAUAUACUGACUCAUCAGUCUGUUGAAGAACGCAAGCGACCUAUCCCAGCUGUAAAAAAUAUGGCAAGACCAUUCAAGUGUGAUACAUGCGAGAAGACAUUCAUAAGCAAAGGAAGGCUCUGGGGACACCAGAGAAAAGCGCAUGGACCAAAGAAUCAUGAGUGCCACAUUUGCAGCUUUCGAUUCACUAUGCGUAAAAAACUUGAAGAGCACAUUAAGAGGCAUUCUCGAGACCGUGACAGUAAGGAAGACUAUCGUUCGUUGCAUCAGAUGCAACCGACUGAAGCUUUUUCAACCGUUAAUGCACAUCUUGAAGGCGAGCCGAAAAGUAUAAAAAUCGAGAACGAAGACGAACCAAAUACCGCAUCCUACCGAACGCCUGAAACUUCAAUACUAAAGUGUGAAAAAUGCCAGAAAACAUACACAUCCCAGCAAUCUCUAUGGCUCCACUACAAAUUUGCCCACAAACCAAAAAAGUUGAAAUGCUCUAUUUGCAGUGGAGUUUUCGUAUUGAAAAAACGGCUGGAAAAGCAUAUCUUAACAAAUCAUAAACAAGAAGAUGGCACCCUCCAGUCCCUGAACUGUUCGGUUUGUAGUAAAGUGUUCUCAACAAAAGGUCAGCUGAACCGUCAUGUACUGAUUCAUGGACUGCGAAAACACUGUUGCUCGGUUUGCAACAAAACAUUCACAAAACCGCAGAGUUUGGAAUCACAUAUGAGACGUCAUACAGAUUCGAAAGACGAUAGCAUUUCUCAGGAUAUUCAGAAGAGAUCACAACCCUCUGAGAGUCAACUUGCGGAAAACAGCUCCGAAUGCCAGACAAGUCUCGAAGAGGGCAUCAGUCUUUUUGAAGCAGAAGAAUUCAAAAUUGAGCCAGAAUAGGUUACACAACUCACAACUGAUAAAGAUUGAUAAAUUUAAAGAAGUCAACAGUGACUUAAAAUAGCAAAUGC